AUGGAUCACUAUUUGGAUGAUUUCAUUUUUGCGGGAGCUCGCAAUACAAAUCAUUGCAGAGAGCUUGUUUCGUCAUUUUCAUCAGUUUGUGCUGCCAUUGGGGUUCCUAUUGCGGAAGAAAAAUCAGUAGGGCCUUGUACAAAGUUGAUAUUUUUAGGACUGGAACUAGAUUCAAUUUGCAUGAUAGUUAGGAUUCCCUUGCAUAAAGUUGAAGAAUUGCGUGAAUCUAUAUUUAAUGUUCUGCAGAAAAAGAAGGUUACAUUAAAAGAGUUUCAGUCAUUGGUUGGCAAGUUGUCCUUUUUUAGCCAGGCUAUUCGCUCAAGUAGAGCGUUUUUAAGAAGAUGCUAUGACGUUAUGACAGGUGUAAAAAAGCCACAUUACAGGUUACGUAUGUCAGUUUCAGUUAAGCUGGAUUUAAGUAUGUGGUUAACAUUUCUUGAGAAGUUCAAUGGUAUAACAUACAUACCAGCAGCCGACUGGUUGGACAGUGGUAGUUUGCAGCUAUUUACGGAUAGCGCAGGUUCUUCUCAUCUCGGUUGUGGUUGUUUUUAUAGUAAUGAGUGGUCGUUUUUUGCAUGGCCUAAAAACUGGUGGUGUGAGGAAAUAAUGGCUGAUAUCACAUUUUUAGAAAUGGUUCCGGUUAUUCUUGCUUUGAGUUUGUGGGGAAAACAAUUGCAAUAUAAUAAAGUUUUAUUGAGAAUAGAUAAUGAAGCGUUAGUAGGGGUUAUUAAUAAACAGACAUCCAAGUCCAAACGUCUCAUGCAGCUGGUGCGUCAAUUUGUAUUAUUGGCUAUGGAAUACGGAAUAGUUUUUAAGGCAUUACAUAUUUCCACACACCUAAAUUCAAUUGCUGAUUCUAUUUCCCGUAAGCAGUGGGACCGUUUCCGGAAUUUAGCGCCAGAUGCGAACCAGGAACCUCAACAGAUACCAGAUCGUUUUCGGUCAAUGAUUUACAAUCUGAAGCUGCACGACUAUUAA